AGCAUGCGCAGUAGAGGGGGGUCUGGGAGUGUCUGAGCAGCUCGUUGGACGUGAAUCCAACCCGCAUUUGCUGAACCCAGGAGUGUGUUUGUGAACAAUGAACUGGCUGACUUCGAAGAAAACGAUUUGAAACGGAGAUGAAGCGGACGUUUGAGGAGGGUGGAGGUGAUGGGUUGUACAGCAGCGGUGAUUUGGCGGAUAUCUGUGACGUGAAUGACCUCUAACGGUGCAGGAAAUUUGUGAUGUCUAAUACUUUGUUGUCUGCAGUCAAUCCUCUUUCAGACUGAUAACGUUACAUUCUUGUGCUUGCUUACUGAACUUUCACAGCAUCGUCAUUAAAAUAGCCUACACGUGUAAACGCUAGUUUUUAUUUAGAUGAGUAUGUGAUCAUUGAAUGGCCUGUGGGCUGCUAGACUGAACCAAAGUGCUGAAUACUUACAGAAAAAUUCUUAAUUCUAAAAAAAGAGGAUUGUUUUUAUUUAUUUUUUUUACCUCGCUUGUGACAUUAUUGCUGAUUCUCCUGCUGCUUCAUCUUGGUUUCAAAGGUGAGUUAAAUUACAGCAGAUUUAAGACACAACAGCACUGACUUUUGACUUGAAGCGCGGGUGCCACAUGGUGCUGUGUGUGUCAUGAGUUGGCCAUCUGUUGUGGGAACCUACUUAACCCCGCAAGCAGAUUAACCAGCGAAUAGGUCCAAGGCAUCCGUGUGGACAUUCUGUGUGCCUGGACUCAGUGGGAGAUUCCUGGUGGAAGAGAGAUGCUGAGGGCCACUGUGGGUUCGGUGCAGGAGAGAGACGAGGAGCAGGAGGAUGAAGGUGAAGAAGAGCUGAGGGAUGGAGGGGUGCCUUUCUAUGUGAACAGAGGAGGCCUCCCGGUGGAUGAGGAGACUUGGGAGAGGAUGUGGCGCCAUGUGGCCCGAAUACACCCCAGUGGUGAAGCUUUGGCGAGGGAGAUCCGGGGUGCCACCGACUUUCCCAAGAUUCCAAUACCGAGUGUGCCUACAUACCAGCCUACCACCACUAUCCCACAGCGCUUGGAAGCCAUACAGAAAUACAUCAGGGAAUUGCAGUACAAUCACACGGGUACACAGUUUUUUGAAAUUAAGAAAAGCCGGCCUCUUACUGCGUUGAUGGACAUUGCUAAAGAGAUGACACGGGAGGCUCUGCCAAUCAAAUGCCUGGAGGCGGUGAUCCUUGGGAUUUACCUCACUAACAACAUGCCGGGUGUGGAGCGCUUCCCCCUCAGCUUUCAGUCUCAGUUCUCAGGGAACCAAUUCCACCACAUCGUGCUAGGAGUCCACAGUGGAGGGCGCUUUGGCGCGCUGGGCAUCAGCCGAAGGGAGGACCUCAUGUUCAAGCCCCUGGAGCUCCGGACAUUGAUGGACUUGGUGCAAGAAUUCGAAGGAGCCUACAGGGGCUAUUGGCACACGCUGCGUAAGGUCAGGAUCGGCCAGUACGUGUCCCAUGACCCUCACAGCGUGGAGCAGAUAGAAUGGAAACAUUCGAUACUAGACCUGGAGAAGCUGAGCAAGGAGGAGCUUCGGAAGGAGCUGGAGAGGCACACUCGAGACAUGAGGCUGAAGAUAGGAAAGCCUGCACCACCCUCUCCUACCAAAGACCGAAGAAACAGCAUGGGCUCACCCCUCAGAGGGCCGAGCAGCCCCAUUCGCAGGAUCAGCCGUGUUGAGCGACGUCCCUCCGGAGAGAAGAAGGUUUUGGAGCAAAAAUCAUCUGCAGACAUGAAUGGAUACCAGAUUCGAGUUUGAAGAAGAAUUUUAGCUCGCUUGUAAAGUCACAAGGUACCACACAGUUGUUUUCAUAGGGUCAUCAAUUUACUCUUCUUACUAUUUUUUGUACACAUAUUGGCCUGUUCACAGGAUGCAGUGUUGAAUAGGUCACCAGCAACUUUUCCUCUCAAAACAAACGCCUCAUUCCACUUCCCCAUGUCUGUGUUGUUAGAGGCGUUUCCUGGAGCUGCACUGUGGAUAGUGAUUGGUGCUGUUCCCAAUGUUCCCAAAUCAUAAAAAGGUGUCAAAUGUGCAGUACAUUGUAAAGAUUUUUCAAUAACUGCAGAGUUCUGCUAACUCAACACCAUGAGAAAUAUGAUUCUUACACUAAGUGGUAAUCUUUCCCAGUGUCAGGGAAAUGUGCUACUGGACAUAUCAUAGGUUUCUGUGGUUUUAUCAUGUUCAACAAAAGCUCUUAAGGUUUGUCUGCAAUCUGUAUCGUCGUACUGUAAGUGUGCAAAUAUAUGUAAUGUGAUUUUUACAUCCACUUAGGCUCUGCUGGACAGCUACUGCUUGUAUAGUGACUAGUUUGCCACCACUACCCUCGUGCCUUGUAUGAAAAUUCAAAGAGAAGAAAAACACUUUUUAUAUCCACAUUAUCUCAUUGCAUAACUGAAUAAAAAGCAGUGUAAUCUCUGCUCUUCCAAAAUACUGAAAAUGAAUGAAUAGUGUGAGACAGUUCUUUGACAGCUAAUAUCCAGAUGCUAGUAUGUUUAGCAUGCUCUGUAAAUUACUGAAAUCUUGACUGAAUAUGGGACUGGAUACACAAUAUACCUAAGUGUAUUUAAGAGUAUUUGUUGAGUGAUACUGAGAAACAGAAGUUUUCACAUGAACCAAGACAGCUAUCGAGAUUUCCAUGGCAAUGCAGCUGAUUGAUCUUAUCUGCAUUUUAUGUAGAUGUAAAGUAAUGACAAGUCAGUCUAUAUGUACUGUAUGACUGCUUUGUUUCUAACUUUGAUUUGUAGCAAUUUUAUCCAAUAUUUCACUUGCCUUAAAUGGUAUCCAAGCAACUGACUUCCAUUUAAGGUGUAAAGAAGUUUGUUUACAGCACUUUUAUCUGCAUUUUGUAAAUCUUUUUUUAAUCAGAUAUUCUGUCAUUUUAUACCUCCUUCAGUGUUGGUGUUCACCAGUGGACCGCUUAAUAUUUACCACACUUGAAAAUGUUGCAGCAGCCGUCAUUUUAAUGUGUCCAGUACUGUAGGUGUUGUCCAUUUUCCUUUCAGCGCUCUGUCUGUAACACAGCUGUUUUAUACUAGAAGACUGUUGAUUUACAGGAUCACAAUAAAGUCUCAUUUUGAUUGUGA